CAAAUGGAGAGAGCACAAAAUCCUGGGCCAUGUUGUGUUUGCCCUCCCAAUUUAUUGAUGAAUCAAGAAACAAUUCGUUAUCGGAAAGUUACUUCCCUUGCUAUGAAAAAGCUUGUGGAGAAUGGAUUUAAACUUGCUGAGUCUGAUGAAACACGAUAUCUUUGUCAUUCAUGUUAUAGUAAUAUGGUAGUAAAUCCAGUAAAUAAAAGAAAAUGGAAAGAGGAAAAACAUAUGAAAAUCAGCACCACCAAACAAACUAAGCGAACUGUUUAUCAAUCCCAUAGUAUUGGCAAUCAUAACACAAGUUCUACAACUAUAACAUUAGACAAUCACAUGCUUGUUCCUAAGGGUGAAUAUAAGAAAUUA